AUGUCUCGAAAAGAUAAAUAUGAGACAAUAAACAGGAGACAACAGACUUUCAUGUCUGCUGAAGACUUUGCAGCCGGCAGAAAAUCAUCGUGGCAAGGAGUAGAGAUUACAGGCAAUGUCCGUAAUAUCAGCCCACAAUUGUGGCAGUUUGAACAUCUCACAGCUUUGUAUCUCAAUGACAACUUUUUAACUCGAUUGCCACCUGACAUUGGGCUCCUCGUCAAUCUGAGGACAUUAGAUUUGUCGAACAACAAGUUGAGGAGCUUACCCGCUGAACUUGGUGAAUUAAUUCAAUUGAGAGAACUUCAUUUGAGUCACAACAUGCUCCGCAAUCUGCCUUACGAGCUUGGAAAGCUGUUUCAUCUCGUUGUUCUAGGACUUCACGGAAAUCCUUUGACAAAGGACAUCUUAUCAAUCUAUAAUGACAUUAAUGGAACCAAUAAGCUUUUGACGCACAUGCUGGACAAUUACAGUCGUGAGUACAUUUUAUUUAUUAACCUUGAAACAAAUACAUCAACGUAA